GCCGCAGUGCAUGAUGGGAAACUGAAACGGUCUUCUCUCUCUUCAUACAGACGGCAGAAACCCUAAGCUGCGGAAUAAAAACCCCUUUAGUGUGUCAGUAUGGCCCGUACUAAGCAGACCGCCCGUAAAUCCACUGGAGGAAAAGCCCCGCGUAAGCAGCUGGCGACUAAAGCCGCUCGUAAGAGUGCGCCCUCCACCGGAGGAGUCAAGAAGCCUCAUCGCUACAGGCCCGGUACUGUGGCCCUGCGUGAGAUCCGUCGGUACCAGAAGUCCACCGAGCUGUUGAUCCGAAAGCUUCCGUUCCAGCGUCUGGUGCGUGAGAUCGCGCAGGACUUUAAAACUGACCUGCGCUUCCAGAGCGCCGCCAUUGGAGCCCUUCAGGAGGCCAGUGAGGCGUAUCUGGUGGGUCUGUUUGAAGACACUAACCUGUGCGCCAUCCACGCCAAACGUGUCACCAUCAUGCCCAAAGACAUCCAGCUGGCACGCCGCAUCCGCGGAGAACGCUCAAAGUGUGUCAGUAUGGCCCGUACUAAGCAGACCGCCCGUAAAUCCACUGGAGGAAAAGCCCCGCGUAAGCAGCUGGCGACUAAAGCCGCUCGUAAGAGUGCGCCCUCCACCGGAGGAGUCAAGAAGCCUCAUCGCUACAGGCCCGGUACUGUGGCCCUGCGUGAGAUCCGUCGGUACCAGAAGUCCACCGAGCUGUUGAUCCGAAAGCUUCCGUUCCAGCGUCUGGUGCGUGAGAUCGCGCAGGACUUUAAAACCGACCUGCGCUUCCAGAGCGCCGCCAUUGGAGCCCUUCAGGAGGCCAGUGAGGCGUAUCUGGUGGGUCUGUUUGAAGACACUAACCUGUGCGCCAUCCACGCCAAACGUGUCACCAUCAUGCCCAAAGACAUCCAGCUGGCACGCCGCAUCCGCGGAGAACGCGCUUAAUCCUCUCUCUCUGUCUCUCUCUCUCUCUCUCUCUCUCUCUCUCUCUCUCUCUCUCUGUGUGUUUUGGUAGUUUUUAGAGUAACAGUAAUGGUGGGGUGGGGGGUGAUAUAUGUGUCUCUCAAUUUGGUUGUAUUUUUGGCCGCAGACUAUUAGGGUACUUCCUGUUAUCAUGUACCAGACCGUGCCUGAUCAGCAGCAAACACACACACACACACUUCUCAAUCUGCACGUACACAUGCAUGCAUGCGUGUGCGUGUUUCCGGGUCUUGUUCCAUCUGUCAGGCCCAAUGGACUACAGAGGGGUCAGAGGUCAGGGCUGAUGUCUGCGUUUAGGGGCUUUACGGUCUCGUGCAGGGUGCUAGAACAGCCCGACCCAUCCCAGAGUCACCUGACCGUUGGCGUCCUGGUGAUCACGUGUUUGCGGCUGUUGAUCAGAAGUCUGAACAUCUCUCCAACAAACGUUUGUUAUUUCAUUAAGAAUGGCUUUUAAUAAUGAUUGAGGUGUUUCUGCAUUCAUACGAGCUUGUUUUAUAGAUCUAGAGUAUUUUUGAAGAGAACAUUCAAGAGGCGGCCUGUACAGGACCCAUAACUCCUCUCGUGUAUUCUGAUUGGUUGUAGCAUUUAAAGGACGUGUCAGAAUGAAUAAAGCGGCCUGAUACUGUUUCUCUUCUCUAAUCGCUUCCCUUCACUAUGGGGGGAGUUCUCAGGCUCAGUUUGGGGUUUUGGCUUGUUUUAUAGUUACAGAACAUUCAGGUGUUUAUUAAUAAGCUGAUCUUUGUAAUUUGAUAUUCUCAUAAUUGCGUAAUAAAUGGAUGUCACACACUCA